AGUAGUUUUCAGAAGGGCUUGAUCAUUAUCGUUUUUUGUCUAGCAGUGAUAUAUUAUGACUUAUCGAGGGAAGAGAACGAGGGACGUACAUGCAGAUGACCAGCCCAGUUCAUUGUCUUCACAGUCACCAGGUGCUGCUGCUGCACACAACUCUCCUUCGACCGAAAAUGCAUCACAAUCAAACAAAAAACAAAUCCUUCAAUCGCAGCCAUAUGAGGUUCCUUCUAACGUUGAAUUUGGACCAUUUUGCCCACCAAGUGCCACCACAACAAAUCCUUCAAUCACACCAAGUGCAACAACUAGCAAACCAUUAGCUAUAUGGAAAAACCCUCCUUGUAUCACAUCAAAACCGCUCAAAAUCCCUCCUGCUUCUUCUACUCAUACCCCACCACUCAAGCCUUCUACUAUCACAUCCAAACCGCUCAAAAUCCCUCCUCCUUCUUCUACUCAUACCCCACCACUCAAGCCUUCUACUAUCACAUCCAAACCGCUCAAAAUCCCUCCUCCUUCUUCUACUCAUACCCCACCACUCAAGCCUUCUACUAUCACAUCCAAACCGCUCAAAAUCCCUCCUCCUUCUUCUACUCAUACCCCACCACUCAAGCCUUCUACUAUCACAUCCAAACCGCUCAAAAUCCCUCAUCCUUCUUCUAGUCAUAUCCCACCACUCAACCCUUCUACUAAUACAUCCAAACCGCUCAAAAUCCCUCCUCCUUCUUCUACUCAUACCCCACCACUCAAGCCUUCUACUAUCACAUCAAAACCGCUCAAAAUCCCUCAUCCUUCUUCUGGUCAUAUCCCACCACUCAACCCUUCUACUAAUAAAUCAAAACCGCUCAAAAUCCCUCAUCCUUCUUCUGGUCAUAUCCCACCACUCAACCCUUCUACCAAUACAUCAAAAUCGCUCAAAAUCCCACAUCCUUCUUCUGGUCAUAUUCGAGCAUCUCUCAACCCAUCUACUAGUACCCCGCUCAAAAUCCCUUCUAAUUCCUUUGAUCCUAUCCCACCUAGUAGGUCGCCUUCUAGUCAUAACUCCCCUACUAUCUCACCUCUUAACCCAUCAGAAUCCCGUAAGCCAACAAAGCAAAAAGAGGGUGAAGAAUCAUUAAUGAAGUCGAGAACAUCAAAAUCUGUACGGUCAACAUCAUAUCCAGAUUGGCCUUCAAAUGUUCAAUUUGAUACGAAGGAAGAGGUUAUGACAAAGGAUGCUGAAGGUAACAUCACAUUGGUGAGUGGUCCUAUUCCGACAAUCAGUGUGUGGAGUAACAACGGCGUUAAAUACUGUGUUGAAUUCAACGAGUUUUACCAACCUCUUAGGAAAGGUGGAGAUAUCUUGGUCAGAUUCAUUGGUAGCAUUGCAAAGGUAGAGACCUACUGUCCAGUUGGAGAAGUGAAUUGGCAUAACGUCGAUAAGAAGCUGAAAGCUAUGUUGGUAGAGGAGGUCAAAGAACGCUUUGUAAUUCCUGAUGGUCCUGAAUACGAGAAACAAAUCCUCAAGCGUGCUAACAGAAGUUGGAGGCAUUUUAAACACGAGCUCAAGUCACAUUACUACAAACCAGAUGACAAGACUCUCGAUGAGAUGUGUAAUUUGCAGCCACCAUACGGAAUUACUAGUAAUCAAUGGAUAAAGUUGGUUAAGCACUGGCAUUCAGAGCUAGGGAAAAAAUUGUCAGAAGCUGGGAAAGAUGCACGAGCUUCCCUAAAUCAACUUCACAGAUGUGGCUCCAAGAGCUUCGCAAACAAGCAAGCUGAUAUGUAUGAUUCAUGA